AUGUCCCAGACCAGCGUUCUCCUGGUCGGAGCUGCGGGUGAAACCGGAGGUUCUAUCGCAAACGGAUUGCUGGACGAUGGCCGAUUUGAUGUGAUCGCCCUUGUCCGCCCAAUUUCUGUCCACAAGCCAGCCAUCAAGAAGCUAGAGGAACGCGGGGUUAAGAUCCGCAAGUGCGACCUCAAGGCUCCCGAGGAACAUUUGAUCGAAGCUCUUGCCGAUAUUGAAGUCGUGAUUAGCUGUGUCGGCCCGGCCGAGCAGCAAGACCAGAUCCCAUUGGCCAGGGCAGCCAAGAAAGUCGGCGUCAAGCGAUUCAUCCCCUGUGGUUUCAUUACUGUCGCACCUCCCGGAGGUGUGAUGUGGCUACGCGAUGAGAAAGAAAUCGUUUACAACCAGAUUCGCCAGAUGUGGCUCCCUUACACCAUUGUCGAUGUUGGCUGGUGGUACCAGCUGUCCUACCCGCGCCUUUUGUCCGGCCGUGUCGACUACGCCAUGACUUCGGGUAACGACGAGAUCAUUGGAGACGGAAACAUGCCCACCGCGCUCACCGACUUGCGCGAUAUCGGUCGCUACAUGGCCAUGAUCAUCAGCGACGAGCGCACGUUGAACAAGAAGAUUCUCGCCUACAACCUAGUCUCGACACAAAAUGAGAUCUACGACCUGAUGGAGCAAAUCAGUGAGGAGAAGGUUGAUCGCAACUACGUCCCGGAGGAGACCAUCAACAGCCGAGUCCUCGCAGCCCGCCAGGCUAGUGAAACCUACCCCUUCGACCCUAUCAAGUUCAUUCCCCGCUACCUCGCCGAAUACCAAUACUCCUGGGGAAUCCGUGGCGACAACAACCCCGAGUACGCCAAGUACCUCGGCUACCAUCUCACCACCGAGCUCUACCCCGACUUCAAGCCCACCGAUUUUAAAGAGUACCUCGAGUCCGUGAUCCGCGGUACCGCCAAGGGGGUCUACCAAGACCGAGUGAUCUCGCGCAAGCACCAACGUCACUUCCCCCGCACCGAGUCCAGCGAUUCGUUGUACACGCGCAUCUUCCCGCGCACUGAGUCGAGCGACUCGCUCAUGUCGCGAUGA